AUGAUCGUCUUGAAAGAGCGCGACGUGCACUUCUUGCUCUCCAACCUCUCAGCGACAGAAUGCCACCGUCUCCUUAGCAGCCUACACGACGUUCUCCGUGCUUACUCCAGCUGCAAAGAUGCUGCGUUGUCUGAACAAACUGUUCACCAACCGGAGCGGGAAUCGAUCGUCACCAGACUCGGUAAUACUUCUCUCUUUAUGCCAUCUUCAAUUACGACCUCUACAGGUAUCAAAAUCGUCACAAUCAGUGCAAACGGGUUAAAAGGCUGUAUCAACGUGUUCGCGCCGGAGGGAGACCUGCUUGGCCUAUUAAAUGCGGAAGAGGUCACUGCCUUUCGGACCGCGUUGGCCGUUAUGAUACCGUACGUGAGAUGGCCCAAGUCCAAGAAGAAUAUCAUUGUAUUCGGUGCGGGACGACAGGCAGAAUGGCACGUCAAGCUUGCUCUGCUGCUCAGUGACGUGGAGCGUAUCACUGUUGUGAACAGGGGAACUGGUCGGCGAAUGGAACAGCUAUUCGCGGAUCUGAGUCACCGGUACCCACAAGUCGUAUUCGAGUUACUUCUGAGGACAUCGGAUGAUUUCGAUUCGCGAGUUCGCCCACUCCUUGCAGCUUCGGACGUCAUUUUCUGCUGCACUCCAGCAACAACACCGCAUUUUCCAUCCAGCUAUCUGGGCACGAAAGCACGAUUCAUCUCGCUGAUAGGAUCUUACAAGCCAUCAAUGCAGGAGGUUGACUCUGCAACGCUUCUGUCGGGUGACUGUGUAUACGUUGACACGAGAGAAGGAUGUCUCGCGGAAGCCGGGGAGCUGAUCAAUGCGAAUGUCCAUGGCGAUCAGCUCAUUGAGAUAGGACAGCUCCAGGGAACCGACCCGUUUACAACCAACAGGAGCCUCAUCUUCAAAUGUGUCGGCAUGGGAAUCAUGGAUCUUGUCAUGGCGGGCGAAUUGCUCAAGAUGGCCCAGGAGAAACGACAAGGGUUGGAGCUAAGUGACUUCUGA